AUGGAGAAGAAGAACAGAGAGCUGGCUAGAGAAAACACAGAACUCAAAAAAAAGAUUACAUCUAUGAAGAGGAUCGAGGGAGACUUACUGAAGGACAAGAUAAAAAAGGAGUACUUUGGAUUUAGGGUAUGGAAGAGGAUUUCUGGAGAGCUUGAAAAAAACAUUAAUAUGGUUGAGAAUGUACUGUCCAGUCUUAAGAACCUUAAGAUGGAUAUUCCCAAGAACGGGCCAGAAGAGGUUUUAGGGGACAAGUCGAAUCAGAAGGAAUAA